UCAAGAAGGUAUAAAACAACCUCCAUGAAACACGGGAAAAUGAGAAAUAGUACAAAGUUACGCAAUCGAAAAAAACUUUGUGCGAAGUGUCAGUUGGUCAGCAGUGCCGAGGAAUUUGAUGACACGGUUAUAACUCAAGCAUUAUAAUACUCCACCUUUAAAGAAUCUCACAUAAAGAACAGUGCAAUAUGUCUAGAAUCCUUCCAUCUACCAACCACAAUGGAGACUCUGCUGAGAAAGAGCCACUUGUGCCAAAAGUUAAGGUUGAACAACCAGAGGACAAAAUGUUUCUCAGGAAAGUGGGACCGUACCAGUUUUAUGCGCUGCUGGUAUUUCUCAUCACAUACCUGCUCAAUCAACUGGACCGUUACAUGCUCGCUAUCACAAUCAAGCCAAUGGCUCAGGAACUGGAGUUCGGAGAUAAAGGCUGUAUGAUAAUGUCAAACUACACGGAGAGUGACCUCGGGGAUGUGAAAUGUAAUGCCUUACAGGAGCAAAAAUAUCUUAAAAUGAGAAGUUGUUUUUCUUCCAGAGAGGCAGGAUGUACACCAUUUGUUGCAUCAAUGCUGACAGAUAUUUAUCCCUCAGAGUUACGAGGCACUGCGCUGGGGAUAUAUAACUGGGGUAUAUAUAUGGGAUAUAGUAUGUCAUAUGCUCUCGGGAAUCUGAUCACUGCAGCUGAUAUUAAUGGCCAGGGUUGGAGAUGGUCUUUUUUUAUCUCUGGAAUUCCUGGUAUAGCCGUUGGUAUUCUCAUGUUAAUCACACUGAAGGAACCUGAGCGCAAGAAUGCCUCAAAGGAGGCUCAGAAAGCGGACAAUGAAGGAACUAAGGAAGUAACUGCUUCAGACGGCAUUUGUGUGAAACUAGGCCGCAUCUUAAAACCAUUCUUAGCACCAUCACUGAUUCUAGCAAUAGUUGCCGGUUCCAUUAGAAAUGCAGCUGGUUAUGUUUUUGCAUACAAUACUCAGCCUUACUUCAACAGUAUUGGUGAAUCAAAAGAAGAUAUUGCUAAGUACAUGGGCUGGAUUCCUAUAGUGGGAGGGAGUUUGAGUGUGGCUGUAGGCGGGUUUAUCUCAGACAUGGUUGUAAAGGGGCGGGGCAUAUACGCAAGAGUAGCAGUAAUAGUAGCUAGCUUGUUACUGGCAGCACCAUUUGCGGCUGGGACGUUAUUUUUUAGUCCACCCUGGGCUUAUAUCUGUCAGAUACCAACGUAUCUUUUUGGUGAGAUGUGGAUAGGUAUCACCCUAGCGAUAGUGGUAGAAUUAAUUCCAAGCUCAGUGCGAACGUCAGCAGUAGCCGUGUAUCUUUUCAUCAUUAGCAACAUCGGGGGAAAUAUGCCAUUACUCGUACCACCUAUACAAAAUGCAUUUGAAGAUGAUGGUUUAACGAAGUCUCAGUCUUUAAGAGGAGCUCUGUACAUCCUGUAUCCCGGUCUGUAUGUCCUUGGUGCUGUACUGUUUAUACCGGCUAUGUUCUUGUUAAAGCGUGAUCAGGAAAGAGCAAGGGAAUUAGAGUACGUUAAUAUGGAGGAGACCAAAUGAAGAUCUUUUUCAUGUGAUAUGAAGACUAGUGUCCAGUCUCAGGUGUAGGGAAAAAGGAAAUGAUUUUAGCUAAUAUCCAUUCAGCAAUGAGGUGAACAAAGGAAAUAUUAUGUUCACUUGUAUGAAAGCUGUGUUAUGUCACUCAGUAAUUGAGUACCUUAUAUAAAAGAUCAUGAAAGUACUUUGACAGAUAUGGCUUUCAAUAGAGUAAAUACAAAAAAAAAUUAACACACAUAUAAAUGGGAUGUGGUAUAUGGUAGUUGUAAUACAAAAAAAAACGUAUAAUAGAUUCACUUCAAGAAAGAAUUUAUCUUUUUUGCCACAAGAUUAAAAAAACACAACCCUUUGAUUGACUACCACUUGUAAAAUAGUAUCCUGUAGUUUUAAGGGUUUAAGUAGAGUAAGCAAACAAGAUAUAUAACAACUGCUUACCUUACAUCUGGUCGCUUUAAAAUUUGUCAUGAAAUAAUUUAAAAUGGUGCUAGUCAGUUUCAUAAAGUGCUAUGAAUACCUGUAAUGGGUUUAUUUGGCUAAAAAAGGAAAUUAGGGUUUCGGCUUUUGCUCUUUUUCACUUCUUAUCUGGUCUGUUUAAGUCAAAGACAUUUUUCAUUUUCAAAAUAGCACAAUUUUCUCACUGAGUUAUAUUUUCUGAGAGAUUAAAUAUGUAGGACUCAGUCUAAGGUAAUAGAAUUUUCUUUUUGAGACCAGUCUAAAGUGUGACCUAGCCAUUUAUCAGUUUCAAGACUGAGCCAAGAACCAACUGGUCAAAUUCUCAAGACUGGUCAACAGACUGUGUGUUGUAAUCUUGGAGCCUGUUCUGUGAUACUAGUUGUGAAUAAAACUUACUGUAACAUGUUGAGAAAUAUUUAUAAGCAUGUUGAACUUGUGUAGUGUCAGAUUGCUGUUAAAAAUUUAUGUUACACAAUCAUGUUUUGCUUUUAUGGUGCACAAGUAGGAACAGUUUAAAAACUGCUUGUACAUCUAAAAUACUUUAACAGUAAUGUCUUUUUAGCUCACCUGAGCAAUGCUCAGGUGAGUUUUUCUGAUCACUCGAUGUCCGGCGUCUGUCUGUCGUCUGUCUGUCCGUCAACAUUUAGCUUGUGUAUGCGAUAGAGGCUGUAUUUUUCAACUGAUCUUCAUGAAAUUUGGUCAGAAUGAUAACCUUGAUGAAAUGUAGGCCGAGUUUGAAAAUGGGUCAUCUGGGGUCAAAAACUAGGUCACUAGGUCAAAUCAAAGAAAAACCUUGUGUAUGCGAUAGAGGCUGUAUUUUUCAAUUAAUCUUCAUGAAUUUUGGUCAGAAUGAUUACCUUGAUGAAAUCUAGGCCGAGUUCGAAAAUGGGUCAUCUGGGGUCAGAAACUAGGUCACUAGGUCAAAUCAAAGAAAAACCUUGUGUAUGCGAUAGAGGCUGUAUUUUUCAAUUAAACUUCAUGAAUUUUGGUCAGAAUGAUAACUUUGAUGAAAUCUAGGCCGACUUCAAAAAUGGGUCAUCUGGGGUUAAAAACUAGGUCACUAGGUCAAAUUAAAGAAAAACCUUGUGUAUGCGAUAGAGGCUGUAUUUUUCAAUUAAUCUUCAUGAAUUUUGGUCAGAAUGAUUGCCUUGAUGAAAUCUAGGUCAACUUCGAAUAUGGAUCAUCUGGGAUCAAAAAGUAGGUCAUUAGGUCAAAUCAAAGAGAAACCUUGUGUAUGCGAUUGAGGCUAUAUUUUUCAAUUGAUCUUCAUGAAAUUCAGUCAGAAUGAUUGCCUUGAUAAAAUCUUGGUCAAGUUUGAAUAUGGGUCAUCUUGGUUCAAAAAUUAGGUCACCAGGUCAAAUCAAAGAAAAACCUUGUGUAUGUGAUAGAGGCUGUAUUUUUCAAUUGAUCUUUAUGAAAUUUGGUCAGAAUUAUUGCCUUGAUAAAAUCUAGGUUGAAUUUGGUUAUUGGUCAUCUGUGGUCAAAAACUAGGUCACUAGGUCAAAUCAAAGAAAAAACCUUGUGUAUGCAAUAGAGGCUGUAUUUUUCAAUUGAUCUUCAUGAAGUUUGGUCAGAAUGAUUGCCUUGAUAAAAUCUAGAUCAAGUUUGAAUAUGGGUCAUCUGGGGUCAAAAACUAGGUCACUAGGUCAAAUCAAAGGAAAACCUUGUGUAUGUGAUAGAGGCUGUAUUUUUAGCUCGACUAUUCAAAGAAUAGUCUAGCUAUUCUACUCACCCUGGCGUCGGCGUCGGCGUCACACCUUGGUUAAGUUUUUGCAUGCAAGUACAUACAGCUAUCAUUUAAAGGCAUAUAGCUUUGAAACUUAUUUAUUAUUUUUCUAGGUCAAUUACCAACCUCACUGGGUCAAGUUCCAUAACUCUAACAAGUAUUUAUGAGCAAAUUAUGCCCCCUUUUGGACUUAGUAAAUUUUCUAUGUCCCAAACUAAUGCAGAUAUUGAAUUGAAACUUCACAUGUGUCUUCAGGGUUAUAAAACUAGUUGAUAGCACCAAGUCCCAUAACUGACCUUCAUUUUAGCCAAAUUAUGCCCCCUUUUGGACUUAGAAAAUUUUGGUUAAAGUUUUGCGUGCAAGUACAUACAGCUAUUACUAAAAGGCAUAUAGAUUUGAAACUUAUUUUUUCUUUUUCUAGAUCAAUUACCUACCUCACUGGUCAAGUCCUAUAACUCUGACAUUUAUUUUAGCCAAAUUAUGCCCCCUUUUGGACUUAGAAAAUCCUGGUUAAAGUUUUACAUGCAAGUUACUAUCUCCAAAACUAAUGCAGAUAUUAAAUUGAAACUUCACAUGUGUCUUCGGGGUUAUAAAACUAGUUGAUAGAAUCAAGUCCCAUAACUCUGACCUUCAUUUUAGCCAAAUUAUUCCCCCUUUUGGACUUAGAAAAUUUUGGUUAAAGUUUUGCGUGCAAGUACAUACAGCUAUAGAGAUUUGAAAAAUAUAUAGAUUUGAAACUUAUUUUUUCUUUUUCUAGAUCAAUUACCUACGUCACUGGGUCAAGUCCUAUAACUCUGACAUUAAUUUUAGCCAAAUUAUGCCCCCUUUUGGACUUAAAAAAUCCUGGUUAAAGUUUUACAUGCAAGUUACUAUCUCCAAAACUAAUGCAGAUAUUAAAUUGAAACUUCACAUGUGUCUUCGGGGUUAUAAAACUAGUUGAUAGAAUCAAGUCCCAUAACUCUGACAUGUAUUUUAGCCAAAUUAUGUCCCCUUUUGGACUUAGAAAAUUCUGGUUAAAGUUUUGCGUGCAAGUACAUACAGCUAUUACUAAAAGGCAUAUAGAUUUGAAACUUAUUUAUUCUUUUUCUAGGUCAGUUACCAACCUCACUGGGUCAAGUUCCAUAACUCUUAACAUGUAUAUUGAGCAAAUUAUGCCCCCUUUUGGACUUAGAAAAUUCUGGUUAAAGUUUUACAUGCAAGUUACUAUCUCCAAAACUAAUGCAGAUAUGGAAUUGAAACUUAACAUGUUUCUUCGGGGUUAUAAAACUAGUUGAUAGCAUCAAGUCCCAUAACUCUAAUAUGCAUUUGGUCAAAUUAUGUCCCGUUUCGGAACUUAAAACUCUUAUGAUAUUUAACAUUUUGGGUAAUAAUUUCCUGCUUCUGUGACAAUAUUUCGAAUAGUCGAGCUUGGCUGUCUUACGGACAGCUCUUGUUCAAUUGAUCUUCAUGAAAUUUGGUCAGAAUGAUUGCCUUGAUAAAAUCUAGGUCAAGUUCGAAUAUGGGUCAUCUGGGGUCAAAAACUAGGUCUGUAGGUCAAAUAAAAAAAAAUACUUGUGUUUGCUCCAAUUUUAAUAAUACUUGGUCAGAAUAUUUUUUUCCAUGCAAUCACUAGGUCUAUGUUUACACUGUUAUGGUGUAUUAUGGUGUGUUCCUCAGGUGAGCGACCUAGGGCCAUCUUGGCCCUCUUGUUAUUUAUUUUGUUAGCGUACAUGACUUGAACUGUUUCUUUUUUCUUCAUAUUGCUCAAUAGUUAAAGCAUACAUGACCUGAAUUGUUCUAUUUUCCCCCAUUAUUUCACUCAGUUCAUACUGAGUAUCUGUUAAAGUAAAUUUAUUUUUCAUAGCUUUCUGAGUAUUUUUUUUUAUGAAAAUGUUCAAAAAGUAAGUUCAGUGUUAAAAUAUUAUUUGGAUGUGAAGGACUUCAUUCUUGUUCUAUACAAUUUUACAAUCUAAAAUUUAAUUAAUACAGUAAUAUUAUUUUGGUAAGUUUUAAUAACAGGAAUAUAAACAUUGAUGCCUAAUAGUGUGGCUAUUCUUGGGUAAACAGACUAUUUUGUGACAUUUUCAGUUUUGUCUUUUUAUUCAUUUUUUAGCUCACCUGUCACAAAGUGACAAGGUGAGCUUUUGUGAUCGCGCGGUGUCCGUCGUCCGUCCGUGCGUCCGUAAACUUUUGCUUGUGACCACUCUAGAGGUCACAUUUUUCAUGGGAUCUUUAUGAAAGUUGGUCAGAAUGUUCAUCUUGAUGAUAUCUAGGUCAAGUUCGAAACUGGGUCACGUGCCUUCAAAAACUAGGUCAGUAGGUCUAAAAAUAGAAAAACCUUGUGACCUCUCUAGAGGCCAUAUAUUUCACAAGAUCUUCAUGAAACUUGGUCAGAAUGUUCACCUUGAUGAUAUCUAGGUCAAGUUCGAAACUGGGUCACGUGCCGUCAAAAACUAGGUCAGUAGGU